AUGUCUGCAAUUACUAGAGCUUUGAUUCAUCAGGAAGAUGAAGAUUUAGAUGACGAACUUGACCAUUUCAUGCUUUUAUUGAUGAGUGAAUAUGAGAAGAGAAAGCAUAAGCAGCGGAAAAAACAUAGAGGUUCAGUUUUUGGACAUAAAGUUUACAAUCGAGGCAGAGAAGAAUAUGCUAUAAAAUUAUAUCUUGACUAUUUUGCUGACAAACCAACAUAUCCUGAGAAGAUUUUUCGACGACGUUUUCGUAUGAGUUCCCGCUUGUUCAAACGGAUAGCUGAAGCUGUUGAAAAAAAUGACACAUAUUUUAUUCAGAAAAAUAAUGCUGCUGGUCAUUGUGGUCUCACCUGUUUGCAAAAGGUAACUGCAGCUUUCAGACAACUUGCAUAUGGUGUUCCAGCAGAUUAUGUUGAUGAGUAUGUGCGGAUGGGUGAAAGCACUGCUAUUGAGAGCUUGAGAAAAUUUGUGAAAUCAAUUUGUGAAGUGUUUGGCAAAGAAUACCUGAGAGCUCCAAAUGAAGAUGACACAACUAGAUUGCUUAAUAUUGCUGAACAUCGUGGAUUUCCAAGUGAAGCCCCAUCUGUUAACUAUAUUGUUAACAUGCACAAUUAUGAUAUGGGUUACUAUCUUGCUGAUGGAAUUUAUCCUCCUUGGUCAACUUUUGUGAAAACAAUCAAGGCCCCAUCAAAUUUAAAGGACAAAAAUUUUGCUGCUGCUCAAGAGUCUCAGAGGAAAGAUGUUGAGCGUGCAUUUGGUGUGUUGCAGGCUCGCUUUGCCAUCAUUCGAAAUCCGGCGCGAUUCUGGGAUGAAGAAACACUUCGAGACAUUAUGAUGUCAUGUAUAAUAAUGCACAACAUGAUAAUUGAAGACGAACGUAAUGUUAUUGGUCUUGAUGUGCCAUAUGACAAGAGUGCUAUUGAAACAGAAGGUGUGGUGUCACGUGCAGGGACAUCAAAUUUUUCGUCAUUUGUUCAAGGGUUAGGGAGCGAGCAGCAGCAGGGCGCAGGACCAGCCAACAGCAGUAGCAAUGUAGCACGGCAGCAGCAGCAAGUAGCCAGCGAGAACUAG